AUGCUUCCCAUGGACUCCUGGCCACACUCUCCUCACUGUGUCCUGCUGCUGAUCCUGCUGCUGGGACUUACAGGAGCAGCUAUGCUGGAGCUGAAGGUGAUUCAGCCUGAGAAAUCAGUUUCUGUCCCUGCUGGAGAGUCAGACACUCUGAACUGCACUGUGACCUCCCUGCUCCCUGUAGGGCCCAUGAAGUGGUUCAUGGGUAGAGGACAAAGUCGGCACAUUGUAAAUAGUUUUACUGGAGAGCAGUUACCCAGAGUCACAAGUGUUUCAGAUACUACAAAAAGUAACAACCUGGACUUUUCCAUCCAAAUCAGUAACAUCACUCUUGCUGAUUCUGGCACCUACUACUGUGUGAAGUUUCAUUAUGACCCAUCAGAGUUAUGGAAAGAGCUUCAGUCUGGGAGAGGCACUGUGUUGUAUGUGCUUGGAGCAGCUAUGCAUGAGCUGAAGGUGAUUCAGCCUGAGAAAUCAGUUUCUAUCCCAGCUGGAGAGUCAGCCACUCUGAACUGCACUGUGACCUCCCUGCUCCCUGUGGGACCAAUAAGGUGGUUAAUGGAUAAAGGACAAAGUCGGCACUUUAUAUAUAGUUUCACAGGAGAACAUUUCCCCAGAGUCACACAGGUUUCAGAUACUGCAAAAAGAAACAACCAGGACUUUUCCAUCCGCAUCAGUAAUGUCACCCCUGCUGAUACUGGCACCUACUAUUGUGUGAAGUUCCAGAAGGACACAUCAGAGCUUGGGAAAGAAUUUCAGUCAGGGGGAGGCACCACGUUGUAUGUGCUUGCAAAGCCAUCUCCUCCUGUAAUCUCAGGACCUACAGCCCGAGGCUCACUUCAGCAGACAGUGACCUUCACAUGCAACUCUCAUGGAUUCUCCCCUGGGAAUAUCAUAUUGAAGUGGUUCAAAAGUGGAAAAGAGCUCUCUUACUUCGAAAAUGCUGUGGAUCCCAAAGGAGACAUCUUCUACAAUGUGUCCAGCAUAGCCCAAGUGGUGCUGGGACCUGGGGAUGUUCAUUCUCAGAUCAUCUGUGAGGUAGCCCAUGUCACCUUGAAAGGAAGCCCUCUCCGUGGGACUGCCAACUUGUCUGACAUCAUCCGAGUUCCACCCUCCCUGGAGGUCAGCCAGCAUCCAACAAUGAUAUUGAAUCUGAUAAAUGUCACCUGUCAAGUGAAGAACUUCUAUCCUUUGAGCCUUCAGUUGACCUGGAUAAAGAAUGGAAACAUGUCUCAGACAGAGGUGGCUUCUACACUCACAGUAAACAAGGAUGGAACCUACACACGGACCAGUUGGCUUUUGGUGAACAUAUCUGCCCACGAGGAGGACAUGGUACUCACAUGCCAGGUUGAGCAUGAUGGACAGCCAGCAGUCAUGAAAUCACAUACUGUGGUGGUCAGUGUACAUCAGAGGGAGCAAGAAUUGAAGUCUUCAGCUUCUGCUAAAGUCCUUGUAGCUGUGCUCUUUGGACACAAACUGCUGCUGGUAAUUGGGGUCUUUUCCGUGUACAGGUACAAGAAGCAGAAGGCCUGACUAUGCUCAGUCUAGAAGAAGAAGAAGCUGGUGAGAAGCCAUGGAAGACUACUCCUAAUGACUCCUUUACAAGAACAACCCCAACACAGAAUUUCUUGUUGUCCCUUUGCAUCUGCAUUGUUAGCCCAGAGCUCUGAUGCUGUGUGCAUAUUGGGUUUUACUCUUGGAGUCCUCAUUGUCAUUAUUAAAAUAAUUUAAAGAUGGACUUAACGUUCAAGCAUUAUCUUCCCUAGGGCAAAGAAAAAUUCCAGUACAGGCAAAGUGAAAAUCUCAGCAACCUCAUGGAAAAGAAGGACCAUGGAGGAUAAAAGGAAAAAGCAGCCUUGCUGUUUCAGAAAGCAUGGAUGUCAGACCUCAGAAAGGAAGGUUUACCCCGCUGAACCUUAGCACAGCAUGUGGGAACAUGCUGGGUUGGGAGAAUUCUAGGAGGGAUGUGGUAUUGUAUCAAGUAAUGAUUUCUUUUGUUAUUGAGACAGGAUCUCACUGUGUAGCCUUGACUCUUCUGGAACACACUAUUUAGACCAGACUUGCCUUAAACUCAUUGAGAUUGGCCUGUCUCUGCCUAUUGCAUGCUGGGAUUUAUUGUGGAUUUCACCAUUACAUCUAUUUAGGAAAAAAUUAUUCCAUUUAUCCCUUUACUGUAGUGUAAGAGUAUCCUUUGCCUGAUGCACCAAUGGAGGACCAUAUAUGGAGAGGAUCUAGACUCCCUGCUGGCUGACUGGCAGCUCAGUCUCCAUGUGGAUCUCUGAAUGAGGGGAUCAGGGGCUGCCUCUAUCAUGAACUGUUCUCUGAUCACUGGCCCCUGAUGACAAAGCCUUGCCAGGCCACAGAGGAAGAGGAUUCAGGCAGGCCUGAUGAGCAUAUGGCAAUGGUGAACUCCUCAUUUCAGUAGACUAGGGGAGGGAAAUGGGAGGAAGAGGAAGGAAGGGUAGGACUGGUGAGAGUUGAG